GUCACGAAGCCAGUUUAGGGCAGUCAAAGCCACAGGGUUUGAUCUCGCGUGCGCUGUGAACGUUCAGCUUCACGCUGUUUACCGAACAAUCGCGGCUCGCGGCGGUCACGCGCUUCAUCAUGGCUUUCAGGUGAUCUUCAGUCCCGGUGCUGCUGGCUAAUGCUGUACAAAAUGACGAAAAUAUCCUGUGUAUGACAUUGGAAGGACAGCAGUGCUGGCGAGUCACGCCCACAAAACUCCCAUAAAAGGUUCCAAGUCUGCAUCGAGAGAGAGACUGAGCGAGAACAAGCUGUUCCAGAGGAACAGGCUGCCUUGGGACUUGGUGCCCCAGGUUUUAAGGUAAAGUCGCAGUACGCUUCAGAGAGGAGGUGGAACAGGAGCACAGGAUGGAGAAGGAGGACCUGAAGAUCGUUAAUAAGGGGCUGGAGGAUGAAAUGGAGCUGAGCGGGUACAGACUGUGCCGCUGGAAACUGGCACUGGUGGCAGUGGGUGUGGUGUGUACAGGUGGCUUUCUUCUGCUGCUGCUUUACUGGUUGCCCGAGUGGUGUGCCAAGGCAACGUGUACCCGCACAACCAUCCGUGACGCCCAGGUGGUACUGCUCCAGAGCACUGACGAGUUUAAGCGCUGGUUCCUAGCUAAGGUGCGUAUGAUGCUGGCCCCAGGGAAAGACCCUUAUAGCAGCCUGGACUCGCAAAGCACCACCCACAUGGUCAAUGGCCACACCCCCCACCCUGGUGACACCCCAGCUGAAGACUUUAUCAAGAAAUAUGCAGAGUACCAGCCUGUACAGAUCCGCUAUUUCACACUCCAUAGCACAACGUACUACUGGAACGACACUAUCCAAAACUAUGAAGUGUUAACGGGUCUCGAGGAUUUGGAGCCUAGAUGUUCCAGCAUCCACUCGGAGCAUAGCGGCGGCCUCAGUCAAAGCCAACAGGAGUACAGGAGACUAUUUUUUGGAGUGAACGAGAUUGCUGUGAAAGUGCCUUCCCUUUUCAAGCUGCUUAUCAAGGAGGUUCUCAACCCCUUUUACAUCUUCCAGCUCUUCAGUGUUAUCCUGUGGUCUUCUGAUGAAUACUACUACUACGCUUCGGCUAUAGUAUUAAUGUCAAUCAUAUCAAUAGCUACCUCUCUCUACACAAUCAAAAAGCAAUACAUCACGUUACAUGACAUGGUGGCUGCCCAUAGUAUUGUUCGUGUCUCAGUCUGCAGAGCUAAUAAUGAGAUUGAAGAAGCGAUGUCUACUGACCUUGUCCCAGGUGACGUCAUGGUUAUCCCCAGCAAUGGAACCAUCAUGCCAUGUGAUGCAGUGCUGAUUAGUGGAACCUGCAUCGUCAAUGAGAGCAUGCUCACAGGUGAAAGUGUGCCUGUCACAAAGACUAACUUGCCCAACCCACAACAGGGAGACAAGGGGUCUGAGGGGGACAAGGUGUACAGUGUGGAUGAGCAUAAGAGACACACAUUGUUCUGCGGCACCAACGUCAUCCAGACCCGCUUUUACUCAGGAGAACUGGUUAAAGCUGUGGUGGUCAAGACCGGGUUCAGUACAGCCAAGGGACAACUGAUUCGGUGCAUCUUGUACCCAAAACCCACAGACUUUAAACUGUACAGAGAUGCCUACCUGUUCCUGCUUUGUCUUGUUGGAGUAGCAGGCAUUGGCUUUAUCUACACAAUCGUGCUGAGUGUAAUAAAUAAGGUUGAUGCGAGCACCAUCAUCAUCGAGUCGCUGGACAUCAUCACCAUCACGGUGCCACCCGCACUGCCUGCGGCGAUGACGGCGGGCAUCGUGUAUGCACAGCGGCGUCUCAAGCGCCUUGGCAUCUUCUGUAUCAGCCCACAGAGAAUUAACAUCUGUGGCCAACUCAAUCUUAUCUGCUUUGACAAGACAGGCACACUCACUGAAGACGGCUUGGAUAUGUGGGGUUUGCAGAGAGUAGAGAACAGCAGGUUCCUCCACUCAGAGGAGAAUGUCUUUAAAGAGAGUCUGGUGAAGUCUCACUUUGUGGCUUGUAUGGCCACGUGUCACUCUCUGACCAAGAUCGAGGGCCAACUCUCUGGAGAUCCUCUGGACCUGAAGAUGUUUGAGGCCACUGGCUGGAUCCUUGAGGAAGCCACCGAAGAGGAGACUUCUCUUCAUGAGCGCAUCAUGCCCACUGUGGUGCGCCCACCCAAGCAGCUUCUUCCUGAACCUGUGAUGUCACAAGAGCAGGACAUGGAACUGUAUGAGCUGUCGGCAUCUUAUGAGAUCGGAAUCGUGCGGCAGUUCCCCUUCUCCUCAACGUUGCAGAGGAUGAGCGUAGUGGCUCGGCUGCUCGGAGGAAAGCGAAUGGAUGCCUAUCUCAAGGGGGCGCCUGAGGUGGUCACAAGUCUAUGCAAGAAAGAGACCGUGCCACAUGACUUUGCAGAGGUACUGGAAGGCUACACUAAACAGGGUUUCCGCGUCAUCGCUCUGGCACACAGACGUCUGGAGUCCAAACUGACCUGGCAUAAAGUACAGAACAUUAACAGGAAUCACAUAGAGACCAACAUGGAGUUCUUGGGGCUGAUCAUUAUGCAGAACAAACUGAAACCCGAGACUCCCGGAGUGCUGGAGGUCCUCAGACAGGCAAACAUUCGCACAGUCAUGGUCACAGGUGACAAUAUACUGACCGCUAUCUCAGUAGCACGAGAAUGUGGCAUGGUCCUGGCCCAGGACAGAGUCAUUAUUGCUGAUGCCCUGCCUCCGAGAGAUGGCCAGGUGGCCAGGAUUAACUGGCACUAUGCUGACAACCCCAACAAGAACUCAUGCAAGCCUGUUUCACUGGAGGAGGUGGAGAUUGGUAUUGAUGACGGGCCUGAAGAACAAAGAUCUGUGGAGAAGUACCACUUCGCCAUGAGUGGCAAAUCAUUUGCUGUCAUUACUGAACAUUUCCAGGACCUGCUCCAGAAGCUGGUCCUUCAUGGAACGGUUUUUGCCAGAAUGUCUCCAGACCAGAAAACCCAGCUAGUGGAGGCUCUACAGAGCGUUGAUUACUAUGUUGGAAUGUGUGGAGAUGGUGCCAAUGACUGUGGGGCCCUGAAAAGAGCUCAUGGAGGUAUCUCUCUGUCGGAGCUGGAGGCCUCAGUGGCUUCCCCUUUCACUUCCAGAACUCCCAACAUCUCCUGUGUGCCCAACCUAAUCAGGGAAGGCAGAGCAGCUCUCAUUACGUCUUUCUGCGUGUUCAAAUUCAUGGCCCUGUACAGCAUCAUCCAGUACAUCAGUGUCACCCUGCUCUACUCUGUCUUCAGCAACCUGGGCGAUUUCCAGUUCCUGUUUAUUGACAUGGCCAUCAUCCUUGUUAUUGUGUUUACGAUGAGUCUGAAUCCAGCGUGGAACGUACUGGUUUCUCAGCGACCCCCCUCAGGUCUGAUCUCAGGGCAUCUGCUCCUCUCUGUACUCAGUCAAAUCCUCAUCUGCCUGGGCUUCCAGCUCCUCACCUUCCUUUUGGUGAGUAAGGAGGACUGGUACGAGCCCUGGAAACCCCAUUCGGAUGCCUGCAAUACAUCCUCCUCAUACAACUCCACAGAGGUUGAUGAACACAACAUCAAAAACUACGAGAACACUUCUCUGUUCUACGUCUCCUGCUUUCAGUACCUCAUUGUUGCCGUCAUUUUUUCCAAAGGCAAACCAUUCCGUCAGCCCAGUUAUAAAAACUGGCCCUUUAUGGUGUCUGUGGUCAGCCUCUACGGUUUCCUGUUAGGCAUCCUAUUCCGCCCCAUCUCUGAGAUCGAUCAUACUUUAGAGAUCGUGUGCGUUCCUUUCAGCUGGCGUGUCACUGUCUUGAUUAUAGUGCUGAUUAAUUCUUGUGUGUCUGUCUUUGUGGAGACCUUCGUCCUUGACGUCGUCUUAUGGAAGCUUGUGUUCAGCCGAGACAAGCAGGGCAGCUAUGGUGUCACCUCUGCCGCCCCACCACCACCACAGGAAGGAAUGCACUUGUGUACAUCGAAGUUCUGCUCGUGGCUGUGUUGCCAGCGUAGGAGGGUGCCCAAAGCACGCUACAUGCAUCUGGCCCAGGAACUCAGUGUGGAUCCGGACUGGCCCCCCAAACCCAAAACCACGACCGAAGCCAAACCUCUGCCUCAGUCGGAAGAAAAUGGCUCUUACCAAAUCAUGGCUGCUUCCUAGCACCAACACACCUCCCCCCACUCUUGCUUUGGAUGCUCUCGUGUCAUGGAUCAUAACAUAACAGGAUCACCAUUAGAGAGAAAAAUACAUUAUCACCAUGAAGACUUUUUUUUUUUUUUUAAAUAAGAACUCCGAAAUGGAUAGCAUUGUAAGCAAGGAUGAUUAUUAUUAUUAUUAUUAUUAUUGCCGCUGCUUUAUCAUUUUACACCACAGGCUGGGAACUGUGUGUGCGCCGCACAAGGAGAUGUGGCAUAUCACUGCACCAGGACCACACUGUCUGUCUCCAAUAAUUAUUUUUAAUUGUCUGAUUUGGUUUGUACUUAAUUCAAGGAGUGUAGGUCUCGACUCCUGACUGAAAUUACCUGGACUGUGCUGUUAGCUUAGCUGCAAGUAUCCUCUUGAAUGGGCUGCAUGCUAAAGUCUUAGGGACAUCAGCAACCUGCAUGUGGAGCCAAGCGAACUAUAACUACUUCAGCAGACAGUCAUUUUUGUAAAAAACAAACCUAUAUAACGUUCCUUUUGUAUUUCUUCCCAUGGAAGAAGAGAGUCAUGAUAAACCAGUGGGCGGGGCCAAAGGAAUGGUGCAUAUCGUCGGGGUGUUAUUCGGGAGCAUCGGAUAUGGAAGACCGCUCUUAUGAGCAGAAAUCGCAGUCAUGUGAUUUCUGUUCAAAUUCGCCAGCCAAUCAGCUAGUCAGGAGAUGCUGAUGAAUGAUUAUUCCUGUAUAGUGUUCAGGGGGCCUUCAUGAUGAACCACACUCCAUGGAUUUCCAUUUCCAUGAAGCACAAAUAUAACGGUUAUCAAACUCUUUCAGCAUUAGCGACCAUUUGUUGAAUAUUAGCCGCUGGUGAUAUCUGAGCUUAUCCUUCAUACACUUAAAGAAGCAGAGCAACUUAUUUAAAACAACAACAACAAAUAAUAACUCUCGCCAGUCAGUCAUUUGUUGGCCAGCAGUAUGGAUGGAAACCAUUGAAUAGAAAAAAGAUUAUACUUGUAUUGAAGUCCAUUAUAUUCAAUCCAAUAAAGGACUGUUAUAUUUCAGUCAGAAUUACAACUACCACGAAUUGCAUACUGUGAGCCGUUAAAUCCACCUAUUUCAAUUUCAGCCAAAACUUCAUUACAAUGAUUCAGAAUAUAAAUUUUGCAUCUUGUACAUUUUGUAUAUUUGUCCUGUGAGCGCAGAUUCAAAGUCUAACUUUUAAUAUGUCCAAUUUUUUUCUUUUUCUUUUUUUUCUUUUCAGAAUACAAUGCUGCUUGUAACAUUUCAGUACAUAAGGAUAUAACGAUAUAAACGUAGUGAUCAUGAGCUGUGUUUGGGAUGCUUUUCUGUCAAGGGACGGCAUUCUGUAACUCAAAAAAUAUACACAGCAACACCCCGAGUAUGACGCAUACCAGCAUUUUGUAAACGAACUAAAAUGUGAACUGAAUUUAUUAGAGGGGAUUGUAUUCGGCUUGGUUGAACCGUGACGCACGUUCACAUCAGAAAAAGCACAGUAUAAAUCAUUUUAGCUACUUUGAUAUUUUAGUACUGAAUACUGGUUGUAGGCUGUCUCCGGGAUCACAUAUGUACAUUUAUUAAGCUUGCUCAAAAACUGCUUCGGAAUCAACUUUUUUUUUUUUUUUUGCAUCAUUCCUCGAUUGUGAAUUGUUUUGGGGUUUUUUUGUUUGUUUGUUUUUCCUUGCAUCAUAAGGGCUAUAGCUUUACAAAUGUUGUUCAUUCCUAUUUUUUGGUACUCUUUUGAAUCAUCAAUGAUCACGUAUCACUGAUUGUAUGUGGUUUCUCCACUUGCAUUGUUGUUAGACAAUUGUCUGUCUUGUCGUUCUUGAUGUAAGCGUGUGCUCAUGGUCAUUUCUGCAAAGAUGAAUAGAUAUUUAUUGUACUGUAAUGUGUUGAGCUUGUAAGGAUGAAUGAUCAACAUUAAGCAAUGUGCAAACUCUAGAUACAGCCGUGUUCUUAGGUUAUUUAAUGUCCAUGUGACCCUAAAAAAAUGCAUAUGAAAUUCUUUAAAAAAAAAAAAAAAAUCCAUUGUCCUACACUGGAUUUGGCUGAGGUAAGGACAGGACAAUCGCUUGUGUGCAGUGCUUUUGGUAUUUGGGGAAAAUUGUUAAAUUAUUAUUUUUUGUUUUAUUGUUUAUCAUUUCUAUUUAAAUCAAUUUAUGUAUAAGACUUUGUUUGUUUGGGGUUUUUUUGUGUUUGUGUGACAGUUCUUCCUCCUUUUUCUUCUUCCUCUGAGAGCUAGCACACAUGAUGGAUGCAGACAGGAGGAUGUCGUUUUUAUAAGCCUGCACCUUAAUACACACUGUCAUAACCACUCAAAAGUUAAUACAGGAUGUCCUUCCUUUAAACACUACUGGAGUCAGUGGUGUGCUGGUAUGCAACGUUUUCUGAAAAAUAAAAUGAAAGGUACAUAAAAUUAACCAGGAUAAAUGAAUCUUGGACAGCAAAAAGGGUUUACUCUAACAUGCAUAUGUAAAAGGAGGCCAUGCCUUUUUAAAAAAUAAAUAAAUAAAUACACCGCCGCAAUUGAA